CCUAGGUGCCUGGUCUGGGCUGGGAAGUCGUGCAAAGAGGAAAUGAUGUGGUAAUAGCAUGUUAAUUACAGCUCAGGACACAUCAGAUCAGAACAGAACAAGUAGAGGGAUUCUCUCAAAUCUGCUCCUAUUGCUUCCAGAGGGCUGGGAGAGAGAGCGAGAGAGUGAGAGUGAGAAUCUGGCUAUAUUUAUUCUCUCCUUCUGCACAGAUUGAGACCUUUUUUUUUCUUUUCAGCUGUUUUGCAGCCAGGGAGAAGGAAGCCAGAGAUCAGCAAAGCUGGGGGCCCGAGCAAGGCAAAGGCAAAGGCAGGCAAUGUCGACUGGAUUGGGUUGAGACAACAACAAGUUGGGCAGAGUUUGCAGAGAGCCAGAGACAGACAGAGGGAGGGAGAGAACUGUUGUGUUGUGUGUUGUGUGUGUCUCAGAGUUCUGGGAAAGGAGGGCAAUGGUUAAGCUGUUCUUCUCGCACUGACCCACAAGCAAUGGAAGAGUUGGGUUGAUUGAGGAUUUGUCUUUCCCACAAGGUAAAAUUGGUACACAAUGGGAAGUCGUGUGAUGAUCCUUUCUGUUCUGAUGACACUGACUUUUCCAUCUUCCAGCUGUGAAGAUGAACAGCUGAAAUUAAACGAGGUCCGGUAUGAAUGUGUGUGUGAAGGGAUGUCGUGUGAGGGAAAGGAUCGCUGUUCUGGACAGCAUUGUUUUGCCUCGCUGAUCAUCAACGAGGGUCUUCCUGAUUACCAGAAGGGCUGCUUCCAAGUGUACGAACAGAGUAAAAUGACAUGCAAAACUCCACCAUCGGCAGAUCAGGCAGUGAAGUGCUGUCAGGGCUAUUUGUGUAAUAUGAACAUAACCGUUCAACUGCUACCAAAAGGCAAGUUGCAGCAAGGAGCAGCGCUGAACUAUAACGUAACAACCCUGACUGUUGUUGUUAUUGCCCCAGUGAUUGUGCUGAUUAUUGUCUCUAUGGUGACCGUCUUGAUCCUCCGAAAACUUCACCAAAACCAGAUGCAAAGGCUGAAUGCUCGAGAGGUUGAAUACGGGGCCGUAGAUGGACUGAUUGCAUCCAAUGUCGGUGAUAGCACACUUGCAGAUCUGCUGGAUCAUUCCUGUACUUCAGGCAGUGGCUCAGGGCUUCCCUUUCUCAUACAGAGGACAGUGGCUCGGCAGAUCACUCUGAUGGAAUGUGUCGGCAAAGGACGUUUUGGUGAAGUGUGGCGGGGGCAGUGGCAAGGAGAAAGUGUGGCAGUCAAGGUAUUUUCUUCCAGGGAUGAAAAGUCCUGGUUCAGGGAAACUGAGAUCUACAACAGCGUCUUGUUGAGAAACGAAAACAUUUUAGGUUUCAUUGCGUCUGACAUGACGUCGAGAAAUUCCAGCACGCAGCUGUGGUUGAUUACUCAUUACCAUGAGGCAGGAUCCCUCUAUGAUUAUCUGCAGUACACCACCCUGGACACUGUGGAUUGUUUACGGAUAGCUUUGUCCAUCGCCAGUGGUCUAACACAUUUGCACACGGAGAUAAUUGGGACACAGGGGAAAGUUGCAAUUGCGCAUCGAGACUUGAAGAGCAAAAACAUCCUUGUCAAGGAGAACCGGCACUGUUGCAUAGCGGACUUGGGUCUGGCUGUGAUGCACUCACAGUGCACUAAUCACCUAGAUAUGGGGAAUAAUCCCAGGGUUGGGACUAAGCGAUACAUGGCUCCUGAGAUAUUGGAUGAAUCCAUCCAGGUCAACUUAUAUGAUUCCUAUAGGAGAGUUGACAUCUGGGCCUUUGGGCUGGUGCUUUGGGAGGUAGCCAGGAGGACUAUUAGUAAUGGAAUUGUAGAAGAUUAUAAGUCUCCGUUCUAUGAUCUAGUGCCCAAUGAUCCUAGCUUUGAUGAUAUGAAGAAAGUUGUCUGCGUGGAUCAACAGAGACCAAAUAUUCCAAAUAGAUGGUUUUCAGACCCUACGUUAACGUCGCUUGCAAAGGUGAUGAAGGAAUGUUGGUAUCCAAACCCAUCAGCGAGACUAACUGCACUGCGCAUCCGAAAGACUCUGACCAAAAUAGACGACUCGUUCAAUAAGUUUAAAACCGAAUGCUGAUACAAGCUCCUUCCCCGGCUUGUCAGGACCGUCAAUCAUGGAUGUUUUACAUAUUUGCAGAUGCAUUGGCUGAAGGAGAGAUGUUUGCAGUUGCUGAAAGGCUGCGUCUCAGUGUUCGAAACUCGAUUAUAAGUGUUGUUUGAGAAUGGUUAAGAGGGUAAUUGUGUUGACGUGUGAAUAUGUGAAAGGCUUUAAAGGUUGAUAUUUUUUAACAGUUUAAGAUAUGGCCCGAAAGGAAGAUGAAAGGCAAACCGGUAUUUAAAAUAAAACAAAUUAAUGCGUCUUGGGGAACUUUUU